UUUGCUACCUGCUGGUGCUGCGUUGGAUAAUACGCAUCCCAAAGAUGAGUUUCCAAGAUUGUUGUGAGCACAGACAGCCCUUCUUUCUGUCUCCCAACACCCAGCUGGGGAAUUCUUCCUUACGAAGACUUGAAGAUGGCUUAAGAAAUCUGGCUAACACCCCUCUAGUGGCUCCAUAUCUGUAUUCACUUAGAAAUGGUGGGAAUCCUCAGGGCAACCCCAUUAACUUCAACCAGGGCAAUCUUGCUAUGUCCCAGAAUCGCAGGUGUGUGGAUCCCUGCAGCAAUGAUGUGACCAGGGGCAACACCAUUUACUUGAACCUGGGCACUAUUGAUGUGUCCCAGUGUCCUGGGAGGAGCGUGAAUGCCUGCAGUGGAGCUGGGAGCAAAGGCAACACCAUUUACUUGAACCUGGGCACUAUUGAUGUGUCCCAGAAUGCCGGGAGGGGCGUGAAUGCCUGCAGUGGAGCUGGGAGCACUGGCAACACCAUUUUCUUGAACCUGGGCACUAUUGAUGUGUCCCAGAAUGCCGGGAGGUGCGUGAAUCAAUGCAGUGGAGCUGGGAGCAAUGGCAACACCAUUUUCUUGAACCUUGGCACUAUUGAUGUGUCCCAGAAUGCCGGGAGGGGCGUGAAUCAAUGCUGUGGAGGUGGGAGCAAUGGCAACACCAAUUUCUUGAACCUGGGCACUACUGAUGUGUCCCAGAAUGCCGGGAGGUUUAUGAAUCCAUGCAGUGGAGCUGAGAGCGAUGGCAACACCAUUUUCUUGAACCUGGGUCUCAUUGAUGUCUGAUGAAGGAACUGUGCUGCUCCAUGAGGGCCUGCAUGUGGGGGCUCCCAUGGUGACAGCCUCAAGGUGACCCUACUCUGCAGUGCCAUUGUCUGGUGGAGUCUCCAAAGCCUAAGGAAUGAAAACGGUUUGCUGAUCCCUACGCUUACCAACAUCUUUCUCCAAACAUCGCUUUCCUAAUGUAUUUCCUGCCCUAGGAAAAGGAAAUUCUUCAAUGGUUCUUCUCAUGCUUGGCAUAAUUUCUACUGUAUUUAAUCAAAGAACAAUGCCUUUCCUUGUAACUUGUACCUAAAUGACUUUGUGCCCCCAGGGUGUAGCCUGGGAGAUGUAUUCUGUAAUUCCUCUUUGUACUGAUGUGGCUGGAGGAAUUUGCCCAUCUGUUCUUCUUUACCAUCUUGUUCCUCUUCUUGUGACAAGCAAUAAUAAAAAAGUGAGUAUGGCA